UUAUGACGUCACAGCUGUGCUUAAAGCGUAAAGGCUGCUUAACUUUCUUGUUUUGGAGCACAGGAUUUCUUCGUUACCACAACUCAAAAAGUCGUCCCAGCUGUCAGCUGGACCGGAAACUAAGACAACCUGAAGAGAGAGAACCAUGCUCCGCUGCAGGAGGUGUCGGAAAGGCAUCGUAGACUCCACUCGUUUAUCGAUGGUUGAGGCCACAGAUGAAAGCUCAGCUGCUCCUUGCAGUAUUUGGCACGUUGAUGUGGACACGCUGCCAGAGUGGAUCCUCGCCUCAGUUCACCAGGCCCAGUGGACUGUAGGAAAACUGAAGUGCCAGAACUGCGGCGCUCGUUUGGGCGGCUUUAACUUCAUUAACCGCAGCGAGUGUCCCUGCGGCCGAGACGCCACCGUCCACCUCAACAAAAGCCGCGUGGAUCGCGACCACAAACACUACGUCCUCAUCGUCCAGCCGAGGAGGACGAGGCCCGAGAAAGAGCGGCCUGGUACGCUGACGGACGGCCCUCAGAGCAGAGAUCAGAGGUCUGUGUUUAACAGGACCGCGCUGGACGGCGUGCAGCUCAACUGUGCCGCUGUCAUGUCCCACAUCAGCCCCGCGGAGGCCUCCAACUCCCCGACCGACAGUGAAAACCCCCCGUCGUUCUCUUUCAGUCCUCUGUACUGCAUCUCUCAUAGGAGACGCUGCAGUUUGGAAGAUGAUUCUGCCGUCGGGGCGUGUUUUUGCCCCGUAAGCCCUGCAGUCAAGUCUGUCGUCGAGAGUACAAGGACAGGGACACAUGGGUCUACGCGGCCAGCCGUCCCGCAUCUCACAAGUCAGCGGUUUGACACCGACGGCGACGCCUCAGUCGCCGGCCGUCGGUUUGUUUCUGGAAGGACACGGCGGUCACGUCUGGGCGGACAGCCGCUGCGGACGGCGGAGGAGGUGGAGUCCUCCCCAGAGACCACGGCUGUCCACCAGGAAGUGUCUGCUUCGGCCCGGCUGUUCCACAGAGGGAGGUCCGUCUCGGACAGUGCAGCCGAGCAGGACCCGGAAGUGUCGCCUGAAGCCCUCACGGCCUCCCCAGCCUCAAACAGACUGAGCAAGAGAGAGAAGAACCGCCUGAAGAGUCUCCGGAGGAAACAGAGGAGGAGAGAGCGAUGGCUGCUCAGCCAGCUGGAGCAGGCUGAGAGUGUGAGCGGUUCACAGAUGGACAAUGAGGAGGAGGAGGAGCACAGAGAGGGCCUUACCUGCGCUGUGUGUCUGGAGGUUUACUUCAGCCCGUACAGCUGUCAGCCCUGCGGUCACGUCUUCUGCGAGCCGUGUCUCCGCACAAUCGCCAAGAACCGACCGACAAACGCACCCUGCCCUCUCUGCCGCGCCCUCAUCUCACACACCAACCCGCACCACGAGCUCAACGAAACCGCUAAGACCUUCUUCCCGAAGGUGUACUACGCCCGCAAGCAGAACUUCCAGAGUGCUUUGUGUGCAAAAUGGCCUCUGCCCAGCUGUCGCAAGCGCUUCCGUACCUUCUGGGGAGAGCCGAGACAGGCAGCGGCGGCGAGGAGACGCUGGCACUUUGUCCACGGAGGUUUCACGCUGAAUGCUUUGGACUUCACCGACAUGCGCGGCUGGCUCUUCGACAUCGGCCUGGUCAUCGUCUACAUCCACUCAGUCAACUGGAUCCUGGCUUUCCUGUUCCUCUGCUUCCUCAUGUACUACUUCUUCUUUUGAGACAAUGAGGAGCGCUCAAGACUGAAAAUGCUAGGCGCUCUUCUGAAAAAACACCCAGCGGUGGGAGCUCUAUAGCGCUUUGGAGGCGCAGCAGUUUUGUCAGCUGAGGCUGUGAAAAACUCUUAGUUUUAGAGACUUUUGGUGACUUACAUAGAAGUAUUUAGAGAAAUCUCGAUCGAGGAGAAUUUAGAAUUAAACAGUACGGUGCAGUGCCAUCUCAACUUCUGAACUUCCUGUCUUCCUGUACGUGUCUAAACUCAGGCUGGAGGUGUUGAGCUCAGCUGAACUUUCAAUGAAAACAAAGAUAUCGCGGGCGCCGUAAACACAGAUGCUUACCUAAAUCAUUAACUCCAAAAACCUCAGAAAAGACUGAAACAAUGUCAGCCUGACCAAACUGCAGUAGAGCCUAUCCUCAGGAGUGUUCCUAUGAUAGGAGGAUGUGUUAUGUGUUAACUUCCUCCCCUGCCGGUGGC